ACGCUGCAGCAGAAAGAUUUGAAGUCUCAGCUAAAAUUAAAAAGCAUUUCAGAAAUGGACUACUAGCGUGAUUAAAGACGCUUAAACAAAAAAUAUAAACGGAAAUCGUAACCUACAUUCGUCCUUACAUGUUUAUGCAAGCGUACAACACUAGCAGUUCAGAAAACCAUCGAUGCUAGUAUCAAGGAGUGGUUUCAACCCAUUCUUACGUAAAAUACGUGGACAGAAAACAGCGAACAUUAACAAGUUAAUGAAAUCAGCAACUGUCACCUAAUAAUGGCUCCGAGAAAAAGGGGAGCGAGGAAAAGGAAAAACGAGGAUGCUUUGGUAGAAGAAAAGAGCGAGAACUCUAAAAAGGAGGCUGACGAGGAGAUUGCAGACAGAAGGAGUCGUGGAAAUAAGAAAUAUAUCGGAGCUCAUGUUGGAAUUCAAGGUGGGAUAUGGAAAGCAGUAGAGUCGUGUGUAGAGAUGGGUGGCAACAGUUUUGCACUGUUUCUGGGCUCUCAGCGGUCAUGGAAGAGGCCUGCAUUGGACCAGGCAGCUGCAGAAAAGUUUCGAGAACAGUGUGCUCUGCAGGGUUUUGACACAGCUCACAUCCUGCCUCAUGGGUCCUACCUGAUGAACUGUGGAUCUCCUAAAGUUGAUGUGUUUGAAAAGAGCCAGGCCCUGCUGGUGGAUGAGCUCAGUCGCUGCAGUCUCCUGGGCCUCUCCCUUUAUAACUUCCACCCUGGGUCCUCCCUGGGCACCAUCACCACCGAGCAGUGUGUGGACAAGAUAGCAGGAGCCAUUAACCAUGCUCAUCAGCAAACACCUGCUGUGGUUACAGUGUUGGAGAAUAUGAGUGGCCAGGGCAGCACAGUAGGCGGGAAGUUCUCAGAGCUUAAAAGCAUCAUUGACAAAGUGAGGGACCAAACCAGAGUAGGAGUGUGUUUGGAUACCUGUCAUGCGUUUGCAGCAGGAUAUGACCUGGCUGCAGAAGGAGGGGUGAAGGCUAUGCUUGAUCAGUUUGAUCAGGAAGUGGGGCUUCACUAUCUUAGAGCAGUGCAUCUCAAUGAUUCCAAAGGUAGGCUUGGCUGUAACCUCGAUCGUCAUGAAGAUAUUGGUAAAGGGAACAUUGGAAUCUCAGCUUUCCGAGAUAUAGUCAAUGAGCCCAGACUGGAUAACAUUCCUUUGAUUCUGGAGACACCUGGACGGCCUGGAUUUGAAUAUGCUGAGCAAAUUGAACUACUUUACUCGCUGUGUGAGAAAAAAUAACGAUGCUUCUCGGUGAAUCAAACCAGCUGCUGUUAAAUCAAAACUCAAAGAAGUGGAGUGUUUGUGGAUGGAUGAUGGUGCAUGUUCACCUCAGACACAAUAAAGAUGUUGCUGUAAACCCUGUUAGCAGUCUUAACAAUAUAUUGGUUGCAUGAUUUACAUGACUUUUGGAAGUUUUUAUGUAAUUUGUGAGAAGUUGUAUUCAGUUUACCACAAGGAGGCAGCAAAUACAAGCAAAUGCACCACAAACCUUAUGUGCUUUUUUGAGACCACUUUGAGAAAAUAUCUUCAUUGUGUCUACAUUUGUUUAUUUUGCAUGUGAAGUUGAAUUUCCAUUGAAAGUGCACGUCUUUCAUAAGCUUGUGUGGUACAUUUUUAUUCUUAAAACUACUCUACAAAUCAUCGAUCUAUGAAUUAUUGACACGAAGGAAUGUAAUCUAAUAAUUAAACCAAUAAAAAUCCAAGAAACACAAGAGCAGAUGGAAACUGAGCAAUGGGAGCAGGCAUUUUUAUGAGGUAAUAAGUAAACUAAAAAAUAUACUUUACAUGGGAUCUUUUAAGUUUUAUUAAAGAAUAUAUCUUCUAAGUUUUGUUGGGGAG